AUGUUUGGCGCAGCGUUGGCAGCGAGGAGGAAACGCUUCAAACUCCUGCACAGUGCUGUCAUUGCUCGGGGCCUCCUGCGCCUUCAUGGGCUCACUGUCUGCUGGACCAGUAGCCGAUUUUAUUUUGGAAGAUUUUCAGAAGUUCCACAUCGAUGUGUCUCUGGUGUCUGAGCACGUUCAGUGUGUCCUUCCAGCCUCUGUGGUCAUCAGCAACAUCAGCACAGGAAGCCGCACCAUCCUGCAUAUGAACAGGAACCUUCCUGACAUCACAGCAGAGGAUUUCUCCAAAGUUGACCUCCAUCAUUUCAACUGGAUCCACUGGGAGGGCCGAAAUGCUGAAGAACAGGUGAAGAUGAUCCAGCAGGUGGUGAUGUAUAACAACACGUUGCCAAAGCAACAAAGAAUCACUGUCUCCGUGGAGAUAGAGAAGACCAGAGAGCCACUGUAUCAGCUGUUUUCUCGCGGUGAUGUGGUGUUUGUCAGUAAAGAUGUCGCUCGUCACUUCGGUUUCCUGACAGCCGAAGCAGCUCUGAAAGGACUCUACAGUCGGGUUAAACAGGGGGCUGUCCUCAUAUGUGCCUGGGCAGAAAAAGGAGCGGAUGCUUUGGGUCCUGACGGUUUGCUCAUUCAUUCAGACGCUUUUCCUCCUGAAACUGUUGUUGAUACUCUCGGAGCCGGAGACACUUUCAACGCUGCUGUCAUCUACACACUGUCCAAUGGUGGGAGUUUGCAGGAUGCUCUGACCUUUGGCUGCAGAGUCGCCGGCAGGAAGUGUGGUUUCCAUGGUUACGACAGCAUCAGCAAAAAGUUCCAAGAUGACUGAGUAAAGAGUUAAAAAUGGUGAACGAUUCAGAGAACUAUGGUUAUCUCACACUGUAACCAUGUUUGAUAAUUAACUGGUUAUUGAUUGAUAAUGAAUUGCUAACAAGCUGCUAAUAUGAUAGUUAAGUGUUAAUUAACUGUGUGAUGCUGUGAAUUUAAAUUAAGUAACUUCUUGUCCUGAUAAGUUUUUUUUAUUUUUUUUAAAUGUCUUUUUCUUUCCUGAUGAAAAUAAAAUCUGUCAUGCUGAUCAAUAAUUGGCUGAAAUGAAA